UAUGCGCAACAGCCUCCAAAGCGCGCACAGUCCAUUCUGACCAUGAAGCGAAUUUUAAACUUUAUGUACUUUAGUUAAACAGACGCGUGCAAUAGCAAGUUUUUGAAAAUAACAGUAGGCUAAUUCCUAUUUAUGCUGCAUUUGCAAGUCUUGGUUUGGGACUGAGAAGUUUUUGGUGAUGGGCAUGGCUGUACUCUGGGGCUUCCCGGUGAAUUUUCUUCAUGUCUGGCUUACCCUGGUGAUCUGCGGCCAGUGUGCUUUGGCUUUUUCGGUCGCUGGACAACAGGAGACAACAUGUGAGGCGAACGGCAGUGUUUAUUAUGAGGGCGAAUGGUAUUUUUUAGACUCAGAUCAUUGCACCCAGUGCGAAUGUACAGCAGAAGGGUCUGCUUGCGCGCGGACUGAGUGCACAUCCCUGCCUGCCGCCUGCAUCCAUGUCAGCCAUUACCCGACAGACUGCUGCCCGAGAUGCGAGAAGAUCGGCUGCGAGUACGUGGGAGAAGUCUACGAACUGGGCCAACAAUUUCAGCCGUCAGCAUGUGAGCAGUGCACCUGUCACAGCGACGGCAUCGCCUGCUGUCAGGUAGCAGACUGUGCCCCUCCACCAUGUGUUAAUCCAGUCUAUCAGACAGGGAAAUGCUGCCCUCAGUGCAAGGAUGAUGGGACGGUUCAGAUGCCGGGCCAUGUGCUAGGCCAGUUUCCGCAGCUGAAAUGAGAUAAGGCUUCUAAUGAGUUGAGCUUCAGCCGUAUUGUUUUCUCUGUAUACUGUGAAGUAUGAAGGUAAUUACAGUGUUUACCGAGAGCAAAUAUAAGGCAGGCAUGUAGGCAGCCAAAACAACACACAUAAAUCAAAGCAUGUACUUCACCAAUGUGAUAAAUGGUCAGCUCCUCAAAUGAUGUUGCAUUUUUAUUGAUAAAAAUUGCCUCUGUGGGGGAAAAUGUUAAAUUAAGUUUUCUGUUAAUCUAAAGUAACUUCCAAAUUAAAGUAAAACCUUAUCUUAAAAGUUAAACACUCUAAAAAAGCAAUGUGCCAGUAUCUACACUCCAAGGCUUCCUAAUUAGUGGCGCUUGCUGAGGUUUUUCAAAAACUCCUGACCUUAAGUAUUUAAAUUCUGCGCAUAACUUGUCCAGCACAGUUUGUGCUACUGACAUGAAUGACACCGCAAGUUGUGCAGAUUUUUGAGGAGAGUGUUCUAUUACUUUUCUAAGCAUCCUGAAUUUAGAGUUUGGCAAUUCGGAUGAUAAAACAAAAGAGAAAAGAUCCAGAAUUAUAUAGACUUGAGAGGCUUUUCUUACUUGGACUAGUAAGCAACCACUUAGCAACACCCAGAACACCAUUGCCGCACAGUAAGAAAAAGCUUAAAACCACCUAAGCAAUUGCAUAGCAACACUGUAGUACAGUGGUUCUUGAAACAUAUCACAAAAAUAAUUAUAGUUAAAUAAUAUCAUUAGACCCGCUGUCUCUCUAUAUUAAGAUGGGAUAGGAAAAAAUAUUUUAACUGAAAAAAUUACACACUUCACCUUUAACUACAGACAAUG